AUGAAGGCAAGGCUUCUCUUGUCUGUCCUGCCCUUCUUCGGAGUUGGGCAGGCGCAGAACUCGACUUUUCAGAACCCCAUACUGAGCGGCUUCAACCCGGAUCCGAGCUGCAUUUUCGUUCCCGAGUACAACAACACAUUCUUCUGCGCAACUUCAAGUUUUCUUGCCUUUCCCGGCCUCCCUAUCCAUGCAAGCCGAGACUUGAUCCACUGGAAGCAUGUCUCCAACGCGUUCAGCCGGGCAGACCAACUCCCUGGGAUGGCAUUCCUCCCCAAAGCUACGAGCGGAAUUUAUGCGCCAACCCUUCGUUUCCACGAGGGUACCUUCUAUCUUCUCUCCACUCUUGUCAAUCAGCAACUGCCAAGGACCAAUGACAGCCGCUGGGACAACUUCAUUCUCACAACGACGGACCCGUACAGCUCGGACGCCUGGUCUGAUCCCGUGCAUUUCAGCUUUCCCGGCUUCGAUCCCUCGCCGUUCUGGGACGAUGACGGCAAGACGUACGUCUCGGGUGCUCAUACCGCAGCCUAUUACCCUGGAGUCAUGCAUGCGCCCCUCGACCUUGAGACCGGUGAGAUCGGAGAUAUCAUAAUGCCAUGGAAUGGCACUGGGGGCGCAUCCCCAGAGGCACCCCACAUCUGGAAACGGGACGGACACUACUACCUCCUCAUCGCGGAGGGAGGCACCCGCGAGAACCACAUGGUGACGAUGGCGAGAUCCCGCAGCCUCACUGGGCCCUUCGAGCCCGCGCCUGCGAACCCGCUGCUCACCUCGGCAAACGACACUAGCUCCUAUUUCCAAGCUGUUGGACACGCGGAUCUCUUUCAGGACUCCAAAGGUCAGUGGUGGGCUGUCGCACUGGCGGUCCGCGCGGGUGGCACGUACGGCGAAAAGCCGGGGCCAUACUUUGGGAACCUGCCCAUGGGCCGCGAAACAGUUCUCGCGCCGGUGACCUGGGAAGAAGGCGAGUUCCCAGUCUUCACCCCUGUCACCGGGGACAUGUCAGGAUGGCCGCUUCCUCCCGAGGCUCACCUAGAAGAGGGCGAGGGUGAGCUAAGCGACGCAGAUGAUGUUGUCACUUUCUCUCCGGGAAGCGAGCUUCCCAUCCAUUUCGUUCACUGGCGCCUGCCUAAAUCAAGGAAUUACCGCGUAUCACCGCCCGGCCAUGAGAACACACUGGCCCUCAAGUCAUCUGUCCUCAACUUGACUGCUUUCGACGCAGAUUUCGCACUGGGCCGGGGCCAGACCUUCGUCGGGCGCCGCAUGGCACACUCGCUAUUCCGUUUCCGCGUGGACGUAGACUGGGUCGAUACCCUGACGAAGGAGGAGAUGGAAGUGGGAGUGUCGGCUAUUCAGGAUCAGGCUCAACACUUUGACCUCGGCAUCGUGAUGCUCAAGUCCAACGGUUCCGGCCCACUUCGACCACACCUUCGGUUCCGGGGGAUCUCGGAGACACCGUACCGUGCCACACAGAAUCCCCCAAAUGAGGCCUUCCCGCUGCCUGAAGAAUGGGAAGGGCACAAAAUUUCGCUUCAGAUCGAGGCAGCUAACAGCACCCACUUCGCAUUCUCUGCCGGGCUCGCGGGGUCUGGAGAGGAAGCUGAGAUGGAAGUGUACGGCCAUUGUAUGGGGACAGAAUUGGUUCCGUAUUACUCCGGAGUUGUGCUAGGAGUGUAUGCAACUUCGAAUGGGAAGCACGGAGAGCAAGCGUUCGAGACUUACGUAUCAAAUUGGCAGUACACUGGCAUUCAACAACUGAGAAGCCAGGAAGAUGUUAUUGGCGCGGAUGAAGCUGAUUCCUUGUGA